AUGGAAAGCGGAGUCAAGCGUGCAAUUAAAUUGAAUCAAGCUAGUCGGCCGUCAGGCAGACCGAAACAAAGAAAGCUUCAAAAAGCCAAGAGAAAAAAAGAGAUUGAGGACACGCUGGCGUUUGUGGACACCGCUGUGAAUGUUGGUAAUGUUAAACUGGAAGAAUUUGACGAAAUCCUGUUGACAAAUUCUCUAUCGGUUGAAGUGGUUGGAGGUGCGCUGGAUGGAAUUUCGUCGUAUGUUCGAUGGAGCUGUGUACAAGCGACCAAAAACAUUCGUGAUAAAAGGCGAUCCUACGUGAGCCGUAGCAACAAACGUCCGCCUCGUGCUCCCAGAGGCAGUCAAGAACGUGGAGAUCCGCGAGGAGCUUGUCAAUGA